CCAAUCAGCCUGCCAACGCACGCACGCUGAGUGUGGCACUACUGGGGGGUGCAAACACCGGCAAGUCGACGCUGAUGAAUGCGUUCCUGGAUACCAAGCUGUGCAUGGUUAGUCCCAUCCAGCAAACGACCAUUCAGAGACAACUGGGUGUGCUUACAAAAGGCGAGGUGCAGAUUCGGUUCUACGACACCCCCGGACUGAUCAACAAUCGACAGAAGUCUGCAUGGCACUUGCCACAG